GUUAAGCAGGACAUUCCAGGCGCCCCUCUCCCCAGCCACAACGUCCAGCUCCUCCUGGGGGACCCCGAGGCGUUCCCAGGCCAGGCGAGAGAUAUAAUCCCUCCACCUUGUUCUGGGUCUUCCCCAGGGCCUCCUACCAGUUGGACGUGCCCGUAACACCUCUAAUGGGAGGCGCCCGGCCCGGGGGGCAUCUUUUAUGUGUUUGAUUACAUUUUUUUUUCUGUAUGUAUGAAUAUUCCCAAAUGUUUUUUGUUUUGCAUUUCCAUUUGCAACACAUUUUUCAAAUAUUUUGAAUCAAAAAGACUACAUACAACAUAGCAUACCUAGCACUACAGGUGCUAAGUUCAUUGAGUGGAAACUUCCAGGACCCUAAAUUUACACUUUCCACGUAUUCAUACAGUUUCUGUGUUUCUCUGGUGGGCUGUUUGCAUACGUUUCCAGGAAGUAGUCAUUCAUUGUGUAUUGUAUUGUGGUUAGAAGCACCAGUGAGGCCUAGAUAAACUACAGAAGUAGUGUCAGACCCACAAAGCAGUAUUAACAAACCUUUAUAAGUGCAUUCACAGACAGUGACAGAUUAAAGUUUAGCUGAUUGAUUAAAGUGAUUAAAUGUACAAAGACUCUUCAAAGUGCAGCACUCUUCUCAGUAACUGUUUGUAAACCCACCUGUUGUUCAUGUUAACCUUCUAAUUGUGGUUUCCUGCUGGACGAGCAGCACAACCCAACUGUUGCUGUUUAGGCACCACAUGAGCUGCUAAACUUUUACACGAACCACAGAGCAAACCGUCUGUUUGGAAAUACUGCCUGCCACUUUUAGAAUCUAACUACAAGAAAGGUUUCAACUCUGUGUUGAGUAGAUGAGUAGUGGACCUGCAUUGUUUAUUUCAUUUCAGCUUUUGCACAUGUGCAUCCCACAUUUAAGAUACUUGUUUCUCUUUCUUUGUCCGCAUUCAAGUUGUGUUCUGUGUUCACUAAUGUACUGUGUUCAUUCAGGGUUUUUUAUUUUUAUUUAGAAAUGUUUAAAAUUUCUAGUAAUCAGAUAUGAACAUGCCUCUUGGGUGGGUAGCAAAAUAUCUCCAAGAACAAAAAGCAAGAGCUGUUUAAUUUUUUUAUUAUUAUUAAUAUGUACGUUGAAAAAGUUGUUUUGUUAUUCAAUUGGCCUGAUGGUGGUGGUAAAAGUGGGGCUUUGGGGGUGCGGUUAUUAAAACUCUUGUAACAAUGAAACAUGUCUUUGAUUUGUCUCACACCUUUGAACAGGAUUAAAUUAGCUGAGGUGACUUUGUGAAGCCCAGACUCUCAUAAUGAUGCUUGUGGUUCUGGUUUUUGAGCUGCUUCUCUCUGUUGACCGUUCAUCGUUGUAUUAAUUCCUCCUGUACAUUUUGCAUGCAAAAAGUUGCUUCUUUUUUUUCAAAUGCUCAGUUCUUGAAAUCAGAUAUUGGAGCUUGAGACUUAAACGCUUUUUGCUGUUGGUUCUUUUGUCUGACAAGCCACAGGUUCACUUUUUUCUCUUUUUAAGUCAGGUUCAAUGUCUCCUGCACUGGCCCCUUCAGUGAUUAACCUUUUGACACAGUUGUCUGUCAUAGUUACUGAUGCAAAUUAUCAUGAAAGCAGACAUCCUGUUUUGAAAAAAGUCAGAAUCAUUUCCUCUGGGAUAUGCAAGAACUAUUCUGUCUGUGCUUUUCUCAGGCAAGUGACAAAGUUAAUGCACAUUUUUGAAAGAGUCAAACUGCCCCAAACUAAAAAAACCCUGUAUCUUUAGGGACCUCCAUGCACAUAUUGGUUCUUAUUGAUCUUUGUUAGAGACUUCUCCUAAGCUGUGUUGUAUUGUUACAUUUUUUUUAAUUUGUUAUCAUGUUUCCUCAGAAGAAGCUGAUCCAACAUGCGUCAAGUUGGUUAAUGUGUGGUUCCUCUUGUUUUUCGUCUUGAGGUUUGAAGGUGGAGCCUCAUGGAGUUCCUCUUGGUUUCAUUUACAGGCAACCAAACUUUUGACACAGUGCUUGCAUGUGUGCUGUCAUGUUUUACACCUCUGACUCCCUUCAGGAUCUUUUUUAGUGUCUUCUGAUGGUAUUAAAGAUGACUGGGCUAUGGUAUCAGGCUUUUCUGUGGUCUCUCGUCAUCUCACAGACUGGAUUUGUGUGCAGUGAGAUUCAGUUCUUGGAGAGGAAUGAGGGGGACUCUGUGGUUUUCCCCUGUGUGAUCGGGUCCAGGGACCCUCCUAUGCCCUAUGGUUUCUACCUGAAGCGCAGCUGGCUGCAUCCUGAUGAGGUGUUGUACAUGCACACCGGCAACAACUUUAGCCUGCAGAAUAAUGAUGACAAGAACCGCAUCAAUGUCAGCGGAGACCCGAACAUCCACUCUGUGACCGUGACCAUCUCUCAGCUGAGCGCCAGAGACACAGACCGCUACCACUGCGAGUUUCUUGUGAGCAACCCUGUCUCUGAAGACGACAACAUAAAAGGGACGACUGAAUUCUUCCUCCUUGUUAAAGCUGAUGCCCCUGGCUCUCUGGAUGUCGGGCUGGUAGAGACGUGUUCUGGGGGCUCGGCUGUGCUCCCCUGUCAAGCCCCACACGGGGAGGCCGUGGCCGUGGAGGGAGUGAGUCUGAAGCGGCAGAAGGGCCAGGCACCUGUGGAGGUGUUGUACAACUCAAAGCAUCACCACGGCAGCAGCACUCCAUCCUCCUCCUCCUCUUCCUCCUCCUCCUCCUCCUCCUCCUCAUCCUCCCUGUUCCCUGUUGAGAGGGUCCAGCUGUUCUCGGCGCCCGGUCCUCGGGGCUUCACCUUCAACCUCACGCUGCAUCAGCUGCAGCCAGAGGACAGCGCCCUGUACAGCUGCCAGCUGCUCCUGCAUGGCGGGCCUGACACCAGCACCAGUCUAGGGAGACAAGUGUUCUUUGUUUCUGUGCAAGGUUCGUGUGGCUGCUCCAAUUACAUCAUCCUGCUGUACGCUUUGUCCUCAGCCGUGGUCGUACUCCUCCUCCUGCUCCUCCUUGGAUUUGUGGUGAUUUAUAAAGGUAAAGCUCGCCGCAGUGUCAAGUCACACCCUCAGGCCGCCCCCAUCUACGAGGAGAUGACUGGGGUGCAGUCUGAGAAGCGAAAACUGGCCCCUCGUAAGCUGGAGGAAACAGAGGGUUCUGAGUACACAAACUGCCUCGUGACAAAAUCCUGUCCUGAAAACCAUUACGAAAGCCCCAGCGGAGGCCUCAGCCCCAGAAGAGAGUUUCAGAAAUGAAAUAUAACUUUGCCACCAGCACUAUGAGCAAAACCAACUCAACUCACCUACCUGGAACUUACUAGACUCCAAUCAGCAAACUAACAGAUUUUAACAGAAAUAUUCUCCUUGUUCCUUUAUCUCAUGCAUUUUGGAUUGUUGAAAGUUGUUUGUAUUCUGGGUUUUUAUGUAUCAUACUGUAUCUUAUGUUAACUACCAGUCUUUUUUUUUUUUUUUGCUAUUUCACCAAAUGAAGGUGCAUUUUGUCCAUCGUUCUCUGUUUCUCACCAAAAAAGAGGGUGUGGAUCUUUUGUUGUUGCUAUUGUUGGGACCAUUUCCUUUCUAAUAAAACAUUGGCUGUCCAAGUUUGGCCCAUUUCUA